AUGGCGUUGACGGAAGGAUUCCACGUUCCAAUUGGGGCGCUGAAUGACGGAGCCUUUGUGCCCAUCCCUACAUUCUUCGCGGAUGGCGGUUUAGAUUUCGGCACGCUGGAAAAGCACUUGGGGCGCCUUUGUUCGACCAAGGUCGUUGGGGUCGCAUUGAUGACUUAUUACGGCGAAGGCGUGCAUGUGACGGCCAGCGAGCGGCGGGCAUACAUCGCGCACGCCGCUGCGUACGUUAAGGGCCGCCACUCGAAAGCGCAAGUCUUGGUUGUGGCUUCGGCGGAGAGCACACACGCGUGCGCCGAAAAUUGCAAAGAGGCCAAAAGCCUCGGCGCAGACGCCGCGCUCGUUGCGCCACCUUCAGUGUACACAAGCCUGCUGGGAUGCGACGAUGAGGAUGAUACACCCUGGCCGCACGCCAUUAGACACUCUAACGGAGGCGGGGUUCGCCUCACCGAACAAGAAUGUGUUCUGUUUGACUUUUAUUGCGAGCUUGCGCGCCUGUCCCCCAUUCCGAUCGUAAUUGACUGCUCAGAGUACGGAGUACCGCGUACCACACUUGUCGCUGACAAUGCUGGACGUCCUGGCUCUGGCGAGGGUUGGAGCUCUGCUAGCCCUAUAGUACAUCCGAGUCUGCUCUACUUAUUACAGCAGCAGCCGAAGAUUAUUGGGUUUGCGACAUCGUCUCAUAUCCAGGAUUUCCCCAAUUGCACCUUUACAAACUGUAGCUUCACGGUUCUUCUCACUAACGUUGCCGCUUUGAUGCACAUGAAGAAGAGAAAGUAUCCUGAACCAUCCCAAAAUACGUCACCUCGUUCCGCUCUACAGCGAGACAUGAAUGCGCAAAGCGAUACUCCUCCAGUCUCCUUGGACACAAGUUCUCCGCCGUCGUGCAGAGUCGCUUCCAUGAUUACACUGAGCAAUAUUUGUCCUUCCAUUAUCCGUCAUCUCGUACCCGAAACGAUCAGGGUUGUGCAGGUCGGUCAGGAACCGAAUAAGAUGGGGACGAGUGAGACCGAAGUGUUGCCUCUAUUCGAAUCUCUUGAAACGUCGCCGAUGGAACAGGCCCCCGAACGUAAACCAAUUAUUGGAGAGCGUAAACCGGAUCCUUGUCCGGAAAAGUGUUCGGAGCCGUCCUGCGGCGACCCCUACCCACCUGUUGACCAAUCAAGUGCCGUGGCCGAGGCAGGCACACCCAAAGUUUGGUUAGAGGAGACAGACCCAGCCGACCCAAUCGCUCUCGCAGAACUGGAAAACAAAAUUCUACAACUAUCCUUAUUCAAAGCUACUCUGUGUCAGAUACUAGGCUACUCUGCGGCCGCACCCGCAGCUCCCAUGAAGACUGCCAAACACGAGUCCGUCGCAAAGACUGUCGAACUGCUCACCCCUAUUUAUGACAUCGAGACGCGAGUCGCUUCUCGCCCUUCUUCCCCCUUACAGUCAUAA